AUGAUUGAUGAAACAGUCGAUGCCGGAGCCACUUUAAUCGUUGUCCCUAGCUCGAUUCUCUCACAGUGGUAUGAGGAAAUUCGGAGACACAUUCGAGAAAAUGUCACUGUUGAUUUGUAUCAAGGAGUGUUCGUUCAUGGAUACAAACAUCCAGAGCUUCUGGGAAGUCAAGACAUCGUUUUGACCACCUAUAGUGUCCUUGAAAAGGAGCUCUAUCUUGUUGAUUGGAAACCAAAAGAAGGGCUACGGAAAAGGGCUCGGGCUCAAGUCUCCCCGUCGCCUCUUCUGUCGAUCAACUGGUGGAGGAUCUGCCUGGACGAGAGCCAACUGGUUGAGGGAGGCACAAGAAGAGCAGCUCUGAUGUGUCACAAGUUGCGUUCAAGAGCAAGGUGGUGCGUCACUGGAACUCCACUACAGAGAUCGCUUUCUGACAUUGGCGGCCUACUCAGUUUUCUUGGAAUCUUCCCAUUCAACGUGCCCGAGAUUUGGUCCAAACUUCAUUGGGUUCAAUACACCCACGGUGAUAAGGAUUUCCUUCUGAAUUUCAUUCGCCAGUUUUUCUGGAGGAACAACAAGCAAGAUGUGAUAGAUCAACUGAAUCUCCCGCCAAGAAAUGCCAAUCUGACCACUUUGGAUUUUGCCCCGUUAGAGGAGAGGACUUACCAGAUUGGACUUGAAGUAACAAAGCAAGCUCUAAGUAGAGAUCUUCGAACAUCGACUAUUGAGGAAAAUCCGAAAACUCUCUUGAAAAAUCUCAAUCAAAAGCUGUUCACAAAAAUUUGGAGUCGAUUAUGUUAUUUGAGAGCUUCAAUUGUGACAGGGACUGGCGAAGGACUUGGCUUGGGUAUAGUGCAGGGCAACAAGAAGGAGAAUGCUAAUGUCUUCUCACCGAGUCUUCUCUUUGCUCGCCUUCAUCUCCGUGGCCGACGACAUUUAAUGGACAAGAAUCGGACUCUGAUCGCAAAUCGUCAUGGACUCGCCGGGCUUCAUUUUCUCUAUGGGAAUCUCGAUGAAGCAUUCGAAGUCUACAAACAAGCUUGGGAUAUUUUAUUGGAUACAAAAAGAAUCAACGAGAAACUAGGAUUGGCGAGUAAUUCGAUUGAAGAUCUUUUCACAGCGGAAGAGCUAGAUGUUGAUCGGAAUGAGAACGAAGAAGCUGUUGAAGAAGCCAAAAUAAAGCCGAUUACUGUUGAUUCGACCCAAGUGAUCCAUUGUGGAAAGGCUCUUAAAGCUUUGGCUGAGGUUCAUGAAGGAGCCCGGCGGUUUUUCGAAGAACAAACCAUUGGAGAUUAUCUUGCUGGAGCCGCUGGAAGAUUUCUGGGACAAUCACUUGGAGCCAUCCACCUAGCAUCUGCUGACAUCAUCAAAGCCAUAGAAAAAUACAAUGAUGGCCAAUCAAGACUGCCGGAAAACGAGAAAUUCUCAUGGUUGGCUAAAGCUUUGAAUUUCGUGAUGAGCGAUGAAAAUCACGAAAUUGCGAUCUUUAAAGCGAUCGAGGACAUGAGAGGAAAGGACUCACUUGACAAGAAAAGUCUAAACGAUCCAGCGCAGUUGAGGACAACGAACACCUUGCAUAGAGACUUCUACCAAACUGAUAGAUCUGGAGCAGUGACCCCACUCAAAGGAGAUUCCCUUCGGCAACAAAUCUUUUCCGUUGUCAACAAAGCUUCUGACGAGAUCGCUUUCAUUUGUGAAGAAACUGUGACGAUGGUCGACGCUGCCUUAGAAUGUGAGAAAAUCUCUGCCGAUUUGAGGCAAGUGAUGGAAUGUGAUUGUUACAAGGAAUUCAUGAUGACAACUGAGGAAAGAGAUGCGAUGAAUGCGAAGAUAGUGCAUGCAGUGGGAAGAGAAGGGAGAAGGAUGACGAAAGGCAAAAGAAGCAGUAUUGUUCCUGUUGGAGAACGGUCGUUGAUGCUUGUCACCGAUGAUUUGGAUAAAGAAACACUCCUCAACACUCGAUGUGCCUCUUGUCGAAUCGGUCGACGCAUCCGUGACCUUCGAGAACUACUGGGUGGAACUCGGGACGCAAGUCUUCAAACAGACAGCCGCUUCUCCUUCGAGUUGCUGUGUGCUCGCUUGUUCCGUAUUGCUAUCCGAGUACCAAUGAGUCAGGCAGCGAACACAAAGUUUAACCAAAUGUACGACGACUUCUGCGCAUGGAUUUCUCAGAUUCGGCCGUUGUUCGAGGCUUCGCUCUCUGCAGUGCAAGCAAUUCAGGAAUUGGCCCACAAACUUGUCGAACUUGAGAACGCAUCAAAGAGGAUCGAAGAGGGUAUGGAGAUUUUCGUUCCUAGAGUCGAUGGAGGAACGCAGGAGAUAAAGGCAAUCGUGAACAAGAAGAAAGAUAAUAGACUGCUCGAAGCCUUCAAAAUCGCGGACCAACAAUUCGCCGUUGAACGUCAGAGAGAGAUUCCUCUGAUUGUUUAUCUUCAUGAAGCAAAUAAUGGAUCGCCAAGAGACUGCCCCAUUUGCUACGAUACUCUCGAGAAUGAGUGGAUGGUUUACCCCUGUGCUCACACUGUUUGUGUAGGAUGCUGGAAGCGAUUAAAGAAAGUUCGCCAUGAAGAUCAACUUUACAUUGAAUGUGCCACUUGUCGGACUGAAGCUGUCGAUUACAAAGUGACCAAGGUCGUUUCUCGUCCAAAAGUUGCUGUCAACGACGAGCAGAUGCUCGGAUCGAUCAAGAGAAAGCUAAAGGAAAUACGAAAACAGGCCCCGAAAGAUGCUUCACUUUCUGUCAAAAUCUCGGCAAUCGUUUCGAGAAUCUACGAGAUCGUCAGAGGGGAUCCAAAUGCAAAAAUUCUCGUCUUUUCUUCGAUGGAUUUAGUGAUCCGGGCUCUACACUCAGCCUUUUCCCAAUGUCAGAUCGCCUUUGUUGAGCUGAAGACGAACACCAAGAGGAAUUCUACGUUGAAAGAAUUCAAGUUGUCUCAUGAUUUGAAGGUCUGUUUGAUGCCACUCUCAAGCGGUGCCAAUGGACUCAACCUCACCGAAGCAAACCAUGUGAUUUUUGCGGAACCGAUUGUCGAAACGAGUGUUGAAGCUCAGGCAAUUGGUAGAAUUGAUCGUUUUGGCCAAACCAAGCCGACUACCGUGCACCAUUUCGUCGUGCAGAACUCAAUUGAGGAGGAAAUCUAUCGAAUCACCCAGAAUCAUCUAUUCGAUGAGGGAUGGACAGUGCAAACGCUCAAGGAUGUCUUCGGGAUUCAAGGAAUUCAA